CGACACAGAGACGAAGAAGAAAUCAAAUCACUCAUCAAAUCAAAAAUCAAACACAGAGAAGAAACAAAAAUGGCCUCAGAAGGAGAAGUUAUCGCUUGCCACACCGUCGAAGAAUGGACCGAGAAGCUCAAAGCCGCCAACGAAUCCAAGAAACUGAUUGUGAUCGACUUCACUGCGACAUGGUGCCCACCUUGCCGUUUCAUUGCACCAAUUUUUGCUGAGUUGGCCAAGAAGCACCUAGACGUGGUGUUCUUCAAGGUUGAUGUAGACGAAUUGAACACUGUUGCUAAGGAAUUUGACGUUCAGGCAAUGCCAACGUUUAUCUUCAUGAAAGAAGGAGAGGUCAAGGAUACCGUGGUUGGAGCUGCGAAAGAUGAAAUCCUUGCCAAGCUCCAGAAGCACACUAGCGUUGCUGCUGCUUGAUUCGCUUUCUCUCUUCCUAUGUUGCUAAAACGUUUGGUGUUUUAAUAAAUCCUUGUUCACCAGAGUCUUUCACCUUGAUUGUGCUCUAUGUGUGGUGAAUAAAUGUUGCAAACUCGA